GCCCCGCCCGCCGCCCCGCCCAUGGACCGCCGGCCCCCGCUGCCGCCCGCCCGGAGGACCGCGCCGAGUGGGGGAGCCGCCUGAAGGACCGCGACGGCCGCGCCCGCAGGUGCACCAGGAGCGCCCGAGGGCCUGGCCCUGCUUUGUCUGGGAUGCUGUGGGGAGGAGGCCGUCUGAAUCCACAUCGCCUAUUUAAAUGCGUUUUACCACCCCGUGGACGUUAGAGACCCUCCCAGAUAAGUUGCAUUGUCUUCUGUCCUGAUAACCCUUUACCCACCAGGAGCGCAGAUUUGGGUCUGUCCUUUUAAAGAGGAGAACAAGGCAUCUCCUCUGGCGUUGCCACUUGCGAAGCCCACUGUAGUGCCUAGGAGUUGACGUUCCUGGUGAGACAACGGAAUUGAUGCCAGAGUGACCGACUCAGGUUUGCUGAGCAGAAGUAAACGUGGGCAUCUCUACCAGAAGCUCCAGAAGCGGUCCUGCAUUUGCCUCCGUUUGAUGUCGAGGCUGUCCAGCUUUCGGACGCUCUGCAGCCCUUCACGGCUCGCGCCCCGGACUUGCCUUGCUGUGGGCUGGCUCCUUUGUUCGGCCAGCGUCCUCCUCCCAAGGCCACGUGCUGACCACACAGGGUCGGGAUCUCAGGCACCGUGGGGCUCCAGUUAGAAUUAGUGUCUGGCCCGGCGGCCUCAUACAAGGAACUUGUGGCUACAGCAAGGAGACGAUUCCGGGGGCGGAAACCUUCCUCGCUCCUGUGGAAAGGCUGCUGUCAGCUCCCCUGAGGAAAGCUCUGAUGGAUGGAAACUCAGCUCUGGCAUGGCCUGCAGCCAGAUUUUAGGUCACCUGGACGUCAGCAUGGCAACCACGAGCCUGGAGGACCAGUUGCACAGCGCGCAGAAGAACCUCUCGUUCCUCCAGCGGGAGCACGCCAGCACGCUCAAGGGGCUGCACGCCGAGAUCAGGAGGUUGCAGCGCCGCUGCACAGAUUUAACCUAUGAGCUGACACUUAAAAGUUCGGAUCAGACAGGAGACGGAUCUUCUAGAAGCAGCGAACUCAAGAAAAGAUGUGAAGAGCUGGAGGCUCAGCUGCAACUGAAGGAGGAGGAGAACAACGAGCUGCUGAAGCAGCUGGAGCAGAAGAACGCCGCGGUCGCCGUGCUGGAGAACACCAUCAAGGAGCGCGAGAGGAAGUACCUGGAGGAGCUGAAGGUGAAGAGCCACAAGCUGGGCGUGCUGACCAGCGAGCUGGAGCAGCGCGCCGGCACCAUCGCCUACCUGACGUCGCAGCUGCACGCCACCAAGAGGAAGCUCCUGAGCUCCGGCGGCACCGCGGACGGCAGCGCGGCCGGCAGCCCCGCGCUGGCCAGCUACAAGCCGGCGCCUCCCAAGGACAGGCUGCCCGAGACGCCCCGGCGCCGCAUGAAGAAGAGCCUCUCGGCCCCGCUGCACCCGGAGUUCGAGGAUGUCUACAGAUUCGGGGCCGACAGCCGGAAACUGCUUCUGCGGGAGCCGGUGGACGCCAUGCCCGACCCCACCCCGUUCCUGCUGGCCAGGGAGUCGGCCGAGGUCCACCUCAUCAAGGAGCGGCCCCUCGUCAUCCCCCCCAUCGCCUCGGACCGCAGCGCCGGCGAGCAGCCCAGCCCCGCCCGCGAGAAGCCGCACAAGGCGCACGUGGGCGUGGCGCACCGCAUCCACCACGUGACCCCGGCGCAGGCCCCGCCCGAGGUGGAGACGCUGGCGGUGGACCAGGUGAACGGAGGCGGCAAGGUGGUGAGGAAGCACUCAGGGACGGACAGAACUGUGUGAAGGCCCCCGCGGCCCUCCACCGCGCGCUCCGGGCACUGUGGUCGCUACCGGGGAAAGCGCCGCCGCGCCUCCUCUGUCCCUUUUCUCUUUAAAUUCCCGUGCAUGCCACAUUUUCCCACACCUGUCAACAGAUUCCUCUCCUCCUGCUCCUCUUGCCCUCUGACUGACACCAAAACACGAUCGUGUCCCUGCUGCACAAUCCGUAUUUACUAAUCGCUGCGGCCGAACACCUGUGCGCCGACUCGCUUGCUUCCAGCCCCGCUCCGCGGAACCUCAGCGCGCUCGCGGACAAAGCACGGGCCGCAGGCUGCGUCGCUGCUCGACGUUAACGCCAUCAGAUAGUCACACGCCUAAUUAUAAAGUCGGAGCAACACAUAACGACCUUGACCUCAUCCCUCCCGUUUCCAGGGCGGCCUGUGCGGAGCAGCCCUGCUCCCUCCAGGAGAGCCCGUAACCUCCCGACACACCCUCCCCGGGGGGCGGCACGGAUAACCGAGCAGAUGUCUGUUAAGUCACGGGAACUAAAUAAGAUGACGUCACUCAUAUCACCACGACCUGAAUGUGUGUUGUUUUUUGUUAGUUUUAUCCAAAAUGUUCAAGAUCCCAACAAACUUUAUUUUCUAAACCUGC